UGAGCUUUGCUUGACAUGAAGCAUGUCUUUGAUGACCUCAGUGGCUCAGUGUCCUUGUCCUGGGUUGGAGACAGCACUGGGGUUAUUCUCGUCCUGACUACUUUCCAAGUGCCACUGGUGAUUGUGAGUUUUGGACAGUCCAAGUUAUAUCGAAGUGAGGAUUAUGGAAAGAACUUUAAGGAUAUUACAAAUCUCAUCAAUAACACCUUCAUUCGGACUGAAUUUGGCAUGGCUAUUGGUCCUGAGAACUCCGGAAAGGUGAUAUUAACAGCCGAGGUGUCUGGGGGAAGCCGAGGAGGGAGAGUGUUCAGGUCAUCAGACUUUGCCAAGAACUUUGUGCAGACAGACCUCCCCUUCCAUCCUCUGACUCAGAUGAUGUACAGCCCUCAGAACUCCGAUUACCUGCUAGCUCUCAGCACAGAGAAUGGCCUGUGGGUGUCCAAGAAUUUUGGGGAAAAAUGGGAAGAAAUCCACAAAGCAGUAUGUUUGGCCAAAUGGGGACCAGACAACAUCAUCUUCUUUACCACCUAUGUGAAUGGCUCCUGCAAAGCUGACCUUGGCGCACUGGAAUUAUGGAGAACAUCUGACUUGGGGAAGACCUUCAAAACCAUUGGUGUGAAAAUCUACUCGUUUGGCCUUGGGGGCCGUUUCCUGUUUGCCUCUGUGAUGGCUGAUAAGGAUACAACCAGAAGGAUCCACGUGUCAACAGACCAAGGGGACACAUGGAGCAUGGCGCAGCUUCCUUCUGUGGGACAGGAGCAAUUCUAUUCUAUUCUGGCGGCCAAUGAUGACAUGGUAUUCAUGCACGUAGAUGAACCUGGAGAUACUGGAUUUGGCACAAUCUUUACCUCCGACGAUCGAGGCAUCGUCUACUCCAAGUCUCUAGACCGACACCUCUACACCACCACAGGCGGCGAGACAGACUUCACCAACGUGACCUCGCUCCGUGGAGUCUACAUAACGAGCAUGCUCUCAGAAGAUAACUCUAUUCAGAGCAUGAUCACUUUUGACCAGGGAGGACGGUGGGAGCAUCUGCGGAAGCCGGAGAACAGCAAGUGUGAUGCUACCGCGAAGAACAAGAACGAGUGCAGUCUUCAUAUUCAUGCUUCUUACAGCAUCUCCCAGAAGCUAAAUGUUCCCAUGGCCCCGCUCUCGGAGCCCAAUGCCGUGGGCAUAGUCAUCGCUCACGGCAGUGUGGGAGAUGCCAUCUCGGUGAUGGUCCCAGACGUGUACAUCUCAGAUGACGGUGGUUACUCCUGGGCAAAGAUGCUGGAAGGACCCCACUAUUAUACCAUCCUGGAUUCCGGAGGCAUCAUCGUGGCCAUUGAGCACAGCAAUCGUCCUAUCAAUGUGAUUAAGUUCUCCACAGAUGAGGGCCAGUGCUGGCAAAGCUACGUCUUCACGCAGGAGCCAAUCUACUUCACCGGCCUGGCUUCGGAGCCCGGAGCCCGGUCCAUGAACAUCAGCAUCUGGGGGUUCACAGAGUCUUUCAUAACCCGCCAGUGGGUCUCCUACACCGUGGAUUUCAAAGAUAUCCUGGAGCGGAACUGUGAAGAGGAUGACUACACCACGUGGCUGGCACACUCCACAGACCCUGGAGAUUACAAAGACGGCUGCAUUUUGGGCUAUAAAGAGCAGUUCCUGCGGCUGCGGAAAUCCUCCGUCUGUCAGAAUGGUCGAGACUAUGUGGCGGCCAAGCAGCCAUCCUUCUGUCCCUGUUCCCUGGAGGACUUCCUCUGUGACUUUGGCUACUUCCGUCCAGAAAACGCCUCAGAGUGUGUGGAGCAGCCGGAACUGAAGGGGCACGAGUUAGAGUUCUGUCUGUACGGCAAGGAAGAGCACCUGACAACAAACGGGUACCGGAAAAUCCCAGGAGACAGAUGCCAAGGAGGGAUGAAUCCAGCCCGAGAAGUCAAAGACUUGAAAAAGAAAUGCACAAGCAAUUUCUUGAACCCCAAGAAGCAGGACUCCCGCCCACAGGGACACAGCUUGUCCCAGAAUCCAGCUCCGCCUCCUCUUGGAUACACUGAAAACACACACUUCCUAUCUCCUACCCAGAAGCAGAAUUCCAAGUCAAACUCUGUUCCUAUUAUCCUGGCCAUCGUGGGAUUGAUGCUGGUCACAAUUGUAGCAGGAGUGCUCAUUGUGAAGAAAUAUGUCUGUGGCGGAAGGUUCCUGGUCCACCGAUACUCUGUGCUCCAGCAGCAUGCAGAGGCUGAUGGAGUGGAUGCUUUGGAUACAACCUCCCAUGCGAAAAGCGGUUAUCACGAUGAUUCAGAUGAGGACCUCCUGGAAUAGCUCUUCAGAGAAGCUGGGACUGAGCGUGGACGGAGCCACAGUACCUCCUACACUCCCAGAGGCUCUGACUUGGGGAAAUAAAUUUCCCAUUGCGUCGGACCCAGCUCUGUUUCCGCUGCUUCCGUCCAAGCCCAAAGGACCUACACUAAAGAACGCAGGGUGGGGGUGGGGAACCCUAACUGAUCCCACGGUUGGCCCCGGGGGUGGGGGGGGAGAUUUUAAAUUCUUUAACUUUUACUUUCACGUUUUGUCUUUUGUAAAAGUGUGGGCUUUAGGUUUCUGUUGCUUGGUUUGCGUGUUAAGGGGAAUGAGAUGGGAUUCAAAGGGACUGUUUCACUGACCCCACCCUUGUGUGUUCUGUGUGGUGCCCACCCCAGGGCACCUGCCAACGCCACCAUCAGCUCGACUCUCACAUCAUACCUGGUGCCGUCCCUGGGCUCUGCUGGCUGUGGGAAGGAGGCAGCCUCAGAGAAGGAAGCAGAGGGUGCGGUGACGGGCCAGCUUUCCUCCACGGGGGACAGCCCUGCCCAAAGCACACUGUGCAUCAGCCCGGCUGCAUCUCCCCUGGCCCCGCCUCCCCCUGCUGUGACCACAGGCCACAGUGAUUUUUUCUGUUCCCGGUUAAUUAGGCAAUACCCUUGUUAAUUGCCCUUUGGCAACUAACUUAACUGCGUGCUUCCAAGACCUUAAAUCAGGAAAACUUACAGGGCAAUAUUUUUUUUUUUUUAACUGUGGCAAGGAGGAGGGAGCGACAGAGAACUAGAUCUAACUCCUAUUAAAGACGAAACUCUGGCCGCCUCUGAGCUCUCUCGAGCUGUGCUUUGUGUGUACGCCGGUGGACCUGCUCAAGGACAGGAUGCAGGCUUGGCCAUCCUUUCCUGGAGUUCAUGGUCGAGUGCACAGUGCAGCCCCGGGACUGACCGUCACAGCCUUCCAUUUUCCUCAUCACCCACUGUAAAGGCUCCGUGUUGAACGACUGCCAUGGCUGUUUAUUGCUUCCUCCUACAUCGCUACUGUUCAUAGAACCAGGACUAAGGAUGUUUUCAGAUUGGUGGACUUUUUAAAAUUCAAAGCUAUAUCACCAGACCGUCCUUCUCACCCGUCCCAUAGUUUCACUGAUUAUUUGCUGGCCCCACUGAAGGCACGCUUCUAGGUGAUGCCACGCGUGAUUACAUCGCUUUCAUGUUUUAAGGACGUUUUCUAUCUGCUAUUUUUCCAAAUUAAAUAAGUUAUAGAAUAUGGUCCGUGCGUUUGGGGAGGCCAUCUGGGAGUGGAAAUAACGACCCCUUUUAAUACAGCUUAAUAUUCGCCACACAGGGCGAUGGUGUGAAAGGUCUCCGGUCUCCCUCUCCGCUUCGCUCAUCCCAGCUCCUCCCAGUAAUUAGGAUUUGGACAUUCUUGAGUAGAUGCCAUUUUGCUGCUACUUCAUUGUGUGGCUAGACAGUCAGUAGAAAGUAAAUGUGCCAAACUUUUGUCAGAAGGUACGAGCAGAUGGCUAAUUCCUCCCCAGAACGCACAGCAGCAGGAGAGAGGGAGGAAGUGGAGGAAGAGCCCUAGAGAUGCUGAACUGCAGCUAAAUGAGUCAGGGAACUUCUGUUAGAAGAUGAAGUAAGGGACCGUUUCUGGGAGGAGAACUGAUGUUUGUGAGAGCCAGAAUGUGUGACUUUGUAUGACUCUAAAAUUUACAAUAAUUCCAAAGAUACACCAGCUCAUAAUUUAUCAGAGUUGCUGUCCACGCUCACCCCUUGUCAAAGGGGAGAGAGAGGCUGCCACCACGUGCUGUCCCCUCCCAGCACAGCCCCAGCUGAGGCGGUCGCCCACUGUUCUUGCCACAGAGCUCAGGAGCCAAAACCGAGUCAGUCGCCCAGGGUCUUCAGAACUCCGAGACGUGGUUAUACAGGAAGGUGCCGAGUAUUUGGAGUGGAGCUCCUUAGAGGUGACUUGCUGGAUUCGAGGACAGAUCAGUGGCAUUCCUUUCAGAGCAUUAUUUUGGCCCUUUUUCUCUUUAGAAAACAUUUUAUUCCCCUGCUUCAUGGCUGAAAUAAAAAUAAAAAUAAAAAGCCAUGGCAAUCCGGAGUGGCCCCUCGCCCUUGGUGGAUGGUCACUGUUGGGAGCACGGGAAGUAGGUCUUCCUCUCUACCCUUUGGCUUCUGGCUCUGGAGGCCUGAGCUCCCUACGGCCGCUCUCAGAAUCAGUCACACUCACAAAUAUGCAACCCCAGUCAGAGGUUUAAGACUGUUAAGCUCUUUAUAGCUUAAAAAAAAAAAAAUCUAAUUUGGUUUGUCCUGCUCAGCUUUGGAGCAUCAUUGGUGAACAUACCAUUUAUCCUCAGCAUUGUGGUGGCUGAGAGGAUCGAUUCUGGAGACUUGAGCAGUGGGAUUUAGCAUUGUUAGGUAGCUCAGACAUAUCAGAUAGUCCAUAGUGGCCUGAGUUUUGAAUCCAAAGCAUCCUUUUUGCUUGAGACCCUAGGGCCUUGGAGUUUUCCUGAGACCGGAAGCCAGGGCUGAAUGUGCCUGGAAUGGAACACUGCUCAGAGGAGCAGAGGCCUCUGGAGAGUGAUGAUGGCAGCUGCCCGGUGGGCUUAGGAGCUUGGUCAUUGUCAGUCUUGACGGACCACUGAGCCUCAGAACCCACUGCCUCUGAGUCGUCAUUCUGGUGUGCAGACCUGUGCUCUCGGGCUUACCUCCAGUCCCCCAUCUGCCCACACUAGCUCCUCUCGGGCCGUGUAGUAUUAUGGGCCGCCCUCAGCUCCUUUGUUGGUCAGGCCUAUACCAUGGCUGGACACACUAUACUGAACCAUCCCUUCAUCGGGAUACCAGGAUGCACAGGCGCACAGGGCCAUUCCACCGCGCCCCACAAUGAGAGGGCUGGCAGGCGUGGCAUCACCUGUUUUAUUGCUCUCAUAUAGGCAGAGAGUCUGUCUUUCCUCCAGCGCUCUGAAGGAGCAUGCACGCUGGCAAAGGGUUCAUCCACCUGUCGGCCCAGCCCUCUCGACUCCACAGUCAGCAGGGAGGCACAAAGAUUGCAAAAAUCAGAUGCGAUGCAGCUUCUCAAUUUUCUAUCACCUUCCUACCAGAGGGAGAAGUAAUAUUAACUUAAAUGUCUUUUGGAACAAAACCAAAGUUUAAGAUUUGCCAUAUGAUGUACUGACAGGGAAGCCCAGAGCUGGCAAGCAAGUACCAGACUUCCAUCGGCCAGUGCUUUGCCAGGUAUGGGUUGCUGUGGAGUCAGUGAAACCACAGAUGCAGGUUGAUUUCCUGGUUCCAUGCAUUAUAACAGUAAGAGUUGGAGCAUUGACUUGAAAUCGUCUUCAAGGACUUGCUGCGUGCACUUUUUCACACCGGUACAUUCUUCUGCAUCUGUUUAUAUGGAAUAACACAAGCUGACCUGUACCUUUAUAUAUAUGUGUGUGUGUGUGUGUACAUAUAUACAUGUAUAAACUGUAUAGUGUACAUGUUAAUGAUUUAUCAGUAUGGCCCGAAUUUUUAAUGCAGUUCUUACCCUCUGCAUGCCCUCAGCUGUGGUCGGGUGACUUCUUGUCCCCUGGUGGUUCCGCCAUUUCCUGGUGUUUUGAGCCUCCAAGGACGAGGGUUUGGGCUGCAUUUUCUUUAUCCUCAUGCACAGAAAUGCUCAGGGUCCCCACGUGCCUGUGGUCCUCUCCCCUAUUGACUUUUGUUCCCUUUCUGAGCAUGUGGCCCCUCCCCCCGGCUGUGAGGGGCAGCUGCCUUCCUGGGAAAGUGUAAAGCAGGAUCGUGAUCACCACUGCAUGUACACAGAAAACUCCAGAUUUCUGCCCCCUUGGGACAGAACAUUGCAUGUGUGAGGUGGGAUUCUCAAGUUUCAAAGACCCGUGUCAAUGAUACAACAAAGCCAGACCCCAAUAACGAAAUCCCACAAAAUGGAAAUAAAACACAAAAUUUCUUUAGCAGUGUGUAAAUAAAUCUGGAUGUGUUUAACUUUG